AUGCCUCCCCAAUCGAAUUGGGGUUCUGGUUACUUGUACAACGCCAGACGCGCAGUUCAGUUUCAUCCCGAGGAAAUUGCAGCUCAGGAUGCCCUGCUUGACCAGCUUUGUUUUCAAGUUAUUUCCAAUUCUGAAAUCGAAAGAUCGGAAAUAGCAGAAAAGGAGGAAUUCCGUUGCAGGAUUGAAACCAUUAGUCGAGAGGUCAUUGCCAGCUAUGAGAAAGAGGCAAGGCCAGAAACAGACUUUCAACCCCUCACAGUUCAGCUGAAAUGCUUUGGGAGUUUGUCUUCAGGCUUCGCAACCAAGGCUUCAGACAUGGAUCUUGGUCUUCUUUCACCAAUGUCUGCAUCCCAGCCUGAUGCUCCCGGAUCUCCUAUACCGCGUCUCCUAGAGAAGGCUUUCUUGGAAGCUGGCCUAGGAGCGAGGCUUCUGACCCGAACUAGAGUCCCCAUCAUCAAGCUUUGCCAGUCUCCACCGGAAAAGCUUCGACAAGGACUUCUCGAGGAGAGAUUUCGAUGGGAGAAUGGCCUUGAUGAAGCCCAUGAAGCUCAGGAAGAUGAUGAAAACGAUCCACAAGCAGCAAACAGUGAGCAUGGCAAUCAACAAGACCACAUUGCAGGGAUUCAAAGCAGUUCCACAACCGUCGUUGAGCCCGUAUCACUGGAUCGCAUCCAAGACGGCACGAAAGCAAUUGAACUUAAGCAAAGCCUCAAAAGCUCUCUCUCCUCGUACUAUGGCUUAGCCAAGCGGGUUCUUCGUAGAGCCGGUGGCCGUGAUGCUACCAUCUCUAAUUAUCGCGUACUCUCCAAUGAAGAUUGGGUUAUAUUGAACAGGGUGAGCGAGGCCUUCAUCAGCGGUCUUGCGGAUACUCGUCUUCGUGAUCGCCUGUCCAAGUACCCGUCUCUCUCCUUUGUGCAAGAUGCAGAGAGUCCCGCCAAACGAUCUUUACUUGGGGUAUACACCCAGGUCGAAGGCGAACAUAUUCGGCUGCGCUGGGAGGAGAGUGGUGUCGAAGAGCGUAACCCCGCUUCUCAAUCGUUGACUGGGCAGGCCUUAAAGGUAUGGGAGGACGCUCAAUACAGAGAGAACUUUGGUACCGAUCCCAUCUUUUUCACUAAAGAACUUCAAUUGGCCCUUGACAAGCUUAAAAGGGCCCCUUCCGUGCAAUUCGUGGUUUUGGAACAGGGUCAACAUGAGGCGCCUGCGUCAUACUAUACGAGAGCACUCUACAUUUUUAACGGACUGAAGCCAGCUAAUGAACAAGCCAUCGCAAAGUGGACGAGUAUGCUUGUUACACAAUAUGUCAGCGGUAUACAUCAGGAGGAGGUUCGAAAAAUGUUACAGACUUGCAUAACCACAUGUUCUGAGUUCCUGUCGCUCAGAGGAGUCGGGCUCUUACAUAAAUGCAUACAUUUAGCAUGGGAAUUCGAACGAGCGUUAGAUAAGGAUUCGUACGAUGGGUCUGUCGUGCAGGAUGUUAAAGACUAUAUCGCCCUACUGCGGUCACCCUUACAACAAAAUGACCCCCUGAGGCUUGGCGACGAUUUUUUCAUUCCCCUCACACCAACAACGGUAGACCUUGUGGCGAGGAUCAGACACCUUCCAGACCCUCACAAGAUGGCUCCGAACCAGCCACGUGAUCGAUACAGAGACCAUUUAGAGUUUCCCAAGACAGGCGCAGGUGUGCAAUGUGACAUCAACUUCUCUGCCCAUUUGGCUCUUCAUAAUACAGCCCUCCUACGAUGUUACUCUCACACCGACCCGCGCGUCCGACCCAUGGUCUUAUUCGUUAAGCAUUGGGCGAAAACCCGUGGGAUCAACUCGGGAUAUCGUGGGACCCUUAGCAGCUAUGGCUACGUUCUAAUGGUCCUUCACUAUCUAGUCAACGUCGCUGAGCCCUUUGUCAGUCCAAACCUCCAGCAGCUCGCUCCUCCUCCACCCCCGGGGCUCUCGCCUGUCGAAUUCGAGAAUAUGGUUAUGUGCCGUGGCCAUAACGUUCAGUUUUGGCGUAACGAAGAAGAAAUCCUGGAGCUGGCACGUGCAAACCAGCUAAAUGGUAACAAAGAUACCAUUGGCCACCUCCUGCGUGGCUUCUUCGAGUAUUAUGCCCAUAGCAGUAUACUCAGCACUUCCACGGGCAGAGGAUUUGACUGGGGAAGAGAUGUGCUCAGUUUGCGGACGCCAGGUGGUUUGCAGACAAAGCAAGACAAGGGUUGGACUGGCGCCAAAACAGUCAUCGAGGCUCAAAAUGUCGGGCCUCAUCCGCCGCCUCAGCCCGACCAAGCGUCUUCUACGGCAGUACAUCCUAAAGAGAAUGAUGUCAAGGAUACAGGAGCACAGUCCAAGCAAGGCACGCAAGGCAGCGUCACAGGUAGGAAUGGAGAAUUCAAGGAAGUCCGUCACCGCUAUCUCUUUGCUAUCGAGGACCCCUUCGAGCUGGAUCACAACGUUGCUCGAACUGUCACGCAUAACGGCAUUGUGUCAAUCCGCGAUGAGUUCCGUCGGGCGUGGAAGAUUAUCAAGUCGGCUGGCAAUGGUAGCCCUCAGGAAAGCUUACUCCGGGAUGUGACUGAUGUAGAGGAAGAAGGCAGUCCUUUAUCUCGCCUUCUGGAUGAGAUUCAUGGAGCGGGUCGAUCCCGGAACACUUGA